AGCUAGGCCCAUAUUGACUGCUCUACUCUUGAAUCCUUGGCCUUCUCCCCGCCGCCGCCGCCGCCGCCGCCGCCGCUGCCACACCUCCAUCUACUCCUCCCAAAACCCUAGCACUGUGUGCCACACCUCGAUCGUCACCCUCAUUUCGUCCUUGGUAGCCCCGCCCUAAUCUUGAACGGACCUGACCCGCUGUGUUGCUGUCGGAGACGAGGGAAUCAGAGCAGCGCAUGGUUGAUUCUUUCCGGUGAGGUUCCGAGUCGGUGGCGGAGCUUGAGAAAUCAGCUGCCUGUUCCAAGGAUGACAAAGUAUUGAGUAAGAAGUAAAGUUUUGCAGUGCAGGAAUGUUGUGUGGCUGCCUGGAGCUAUUUCAGAAGCAGUUAUUACCAGCCAGAUAUGUCCUUCUUGUUCCCUUGGUCCUGUUUUUCUUAUUCAGUUCAAAUUUUGUCGAUUGGAGAUACUGCCAAAUUAUGGCAUUGACCGUUUGGAGAUCAGACAGUAGUGCUAAGGAGUUCGCGAAUCUUGUUGCUCAGACAAGAAGGGUGCUGGAUAUCAUAGUUAACAAUGCUGGUACCAUAAAUAAAAACAAGAAGACAUGGGGCGUUCCUGUAGAAGAGUUUGAUAUGGUUAUAGAUACCAAUUUAUAGAGAGUUAUGAACAUACUUAGUCAUUUUUUGCCACUCAUUAUUGAAAGGUAAAAGGGUUAUCAUUGUGAACAUGUCAUCUGGUU